AUGGAGGACGAGGGAAACCAUGGCAAUGAUGACACACGCUGCUUCAUAUUAUCUACUUUGGCAGCCCAGCAAAGGUCCAGAGUUUCUUGCGUGCUUUGCGACGAUAUCAUGCCUGUGUUUGAUCGCUACCCACUGGUCGAUGGGACCUUCUUCUUGAGCCCAAAACAGCACGCCAAGGGAUGCCAGGAGGUGAAGUUCGAAGGUCGCACCCAAUAUCUGUCUGCGGUUUGCAUGGCCUGCCUGGAGGCUUCGAGCCCUGAACGCGUAAUCCGCUGCCGCUUCUGCACCACCCAGUGGGACGGAUCGUCCCUGGUUUUGGGCACCAUGUACUCCUAUGACAUCUUUGCUGCAAUGCCGUGCUGCGCCGAACGCCAUAAGUGUAACAAUUGCUUCAAGCCUUUGCUCCAUCCUCAUCAGCGCUUGAACUUCUUCAGCGACUACAGUCAUACUCUGAACUGUCCCUUCUGCCAUGUUCAGGACACACACUUCGUGAAGCCUUUGGCUUUCUGCUACACCAAACAGACGUUCCCGCUUUACCAACAGUGGCCAUAA